AUGGACCAUAAAUGUGUUUGCUGUCAUCGACGUGGUGUGAAAUGUGUUGGCCAAGAAUACCCAGAGGAAAUCACGGCGCCUCUGGACCUGAGCCUUCAAGUUAGCGACCGUAUGGCGCGGGUGGAAAAUUUACUUGAAGACAUUCUCAAGAGACACUCUAUGGGAAGAAGUACCACCGCUCACGAGGAAAAUUAUCAGACAGCAGUCACUCCGGGCGUGAACUCUGGCCCUACACAAAAUGAGGCCUCAAACCCGAAACGGCGGGCUUCGAGACUCGAUGGUGGCGUUGAGGCCCCAAAUCCCGGAUCAUUUCAACAAUUUUCAUUUGAACCUGGCAAGCACGAGAAACUUUCUCAAACCCUGUACGCAUCCUUGCCAUCGGCAGAUGAUAUCAGGACAAUAGUUGAGACAUGUGGCAACACCUCUUCUUUGUUCUACCAGAUGCAAAUUAUACCUUACAGCGAGCUGGACAGGACAAAAUCUCUCAAGAGCAUGUUUGCAAGGCCAAGUCCCAGUGCGCGUCCUGUUCUAAUAGCGAGAAAUAUGCUUCAUGUCGCGACAGCCUUGCAACAUCUUCAUCUUGAUUUCAAUAAAAAUGCGCGACAGUUAUUGGAGCCCCCUAGGGAGAUGAUGAGGAGAUUAUCAGCGAUUGCUACAAAUAUAGUUACAACAAAUGAUGACCUCAUGUACUGCAUUGAAGGGGUGGACAGCCUGUUAGUAGAAAGUUGGUUUCAGACCAAUGGCGGAAAUCUGCGAAAAGGGUUGGUCACUACUCGGAGAGCUUUGACUAUUGCGCAAUUGAUGGGCUUCCAUCAACCAGGAAGAGCAAAAUGCAAAGUCGUUGAUCCGAAAACGAAAGCUUAUCCAGAGUUCAUCUGGCACAGAAUCACUGCUCUUGAGCGAUAUCUCUGUCUAAUGCUGGGGUUUUCUGAAUCAACAAACGAUAAAAGUAUGGUUUCUGAGGAAAUACUCCUUAAUGAUACGCCAAUGGGACGUCUUGACCGUAUACAUUCCGUGGUGACUUCUCGAAUACUGCAGCGUAAUCAAUCGAACGCAAGUCCUAUUAAUCUCUCCUCGGUGCAGGAGCUUAACGAAGAGCUGCAAAAAGCUUCAAAAAGCUUUCCAGAUAAGUGGUGGCUCAUCCCCAACUUAGCCACCGUUGCAGGCCAACCAGAGGCGCUGUUCUGGGAUAUGCGCCGACUCUUUCACCACUUGUUUCAUUAUAACCUCCUUAUACAACUUCAUUUGCCGUAUAUGCUCAGCUCUACAGCUGCUGAAAAGCGAUACGGUCCUUCACAGAUUAUCUGUGUCAAUUCUGCACGCGAAAUACUCUCACGCUUCAUCAUGUUCCAUAGCUUCAACCGCAUUGCCUUCAGCUGUCGCUCUAUCGACUUUUUUGGUUUGAUGGCAGCUAUCACUUUACUCAUUGUACACAUCGAUGGACACCAACAUGAGUCACCUUGUAUCAAUACUCUGCACUGGCAACAGAGCCUUACAAUGCCAACCAAUAACCUAUUCGCGCACUAA